AUGGGCGAGGAUCCAGUGGUGAUCGAACGCCUCAAGGCGAUGCAAAUGGCUGAUCUGGGAAAUGCGAGGCGAGAGUUAAUUUCCACUGCGGAAAUUCCUUCCGACUUCAAAUUCACACAAGUUGGAUUGGACGAACUCGAGACGAGUCGUCUUUCCAAUAUUCCGGGAACUGCUGCCUACAAGCAGGCUGAACGAAACAAGAAUGCAUUGAAGGCAUGGUCUGACCUGCAUAGGAACCUCGAUGAUGACGGUAUAUUGAAUUCACAGCUCGAUGAACUAAUGAAUGGACAAACCCAUCGUGUCCAGCUGCAAGCUCAAAUGCGAGCAGCUGGUCGAAAUAUGGGACCUGGAAGCGUGUUCAGAUUUGGCGCGUCCCAAUCGAAGCAGUUUGAAUUCAACAAAUUCAAAGAAACCGCGGUCAGGCAAUAUUCAGGCCCCCCACAGCACGCUAGCCGUGGAGGAGCUAAUGUUGGAAAAAGAGGCCAUGGCGGUUUCAAGCCACCAGGGCCGACCGGUCAUGGAAUGGAUCCUGCACUUGACAUUAAUAACUCUGGCCCUUCUUUCCGAAGAGCUGGGAUAUCAAAGGGCCGGAAGUCAUCCUCUUCAUCACGCGGUACUAGAGGAGAAUCGUCUCAAGGUGCCAAAAGCCCGACCACGAGGACCAUGAAGUCAGUAAAGCCUUUAACAGACUACUCCAAGGCAAUGGCGUCGCCCGAAGCGUUCCUGGCGCAAGUCCGCCAAACUCGCGGCCCAAAGGCAGCGGCGGCGCUCGAAGAGCCCGAACCGCAAGCCCUCCCAGCUCGCGGAUCACAGCUGUCACCACAUGCUACAGCCGCACCCUCAAAAAUGCCCGUGCUCGAGCGUUCACCGAAUCCGUUGGAAAAAAUCUCCGAGACUGCCAAAUCAAUUACACAUUCUGCUGCGAAAUUCCCCGUAAUGGCCAUGUCGCAGGGCGAACAGCGUGAGCUGCUUCUUGACCUGGAAUCCCCAUCCAAGCCUUCCCCAAACAUGCUUGCAAGCCCGGGCAUCGCAGAAUUGACAGGCCUCGAGUUCCAUAAAAAGGCUGAGAAGCGCCCACUGUAUCCUUUGUCAAAAGAGUACAUCAGCACAAAUGAUGAGCCUACAAGCCCAACCAAUCAAGUCCUUCAUUCAGCCCAAAUGGCCGAAAAAUUGGACAAUCUGCACAAACAAAUGGCAGAAAUGAUGAAGGUGAUAUCUGAGUUGACUCUAUCUUCUACCACCUUGCCUGCCCCGGUGGCUCCUCAAAAGCUCGAUAAGGUCAGUGCAACUAUUCUGGCUACUCCCACUCACCAGAGCUUCAAGAAGUAUCGGUCUCCACCUCCCACGUCUUCUUCGACCGAGUCCAAGGAGAAGUUCUACGAUGCCACCGAUAACAAUCAAUCCCCGCGCAAGUAUGUCAGCACAGAAUUUGACGAUCUGCAACUGUCCGAGUCUGCCUCCCGGAAGCUCGCUCUUGCAGAUGCCCCGGUUUACAAAAUUCCCGAAACCAAAGUUCGUUCAACUAGCCAAGGCGGUCCGUCUAAAAAAGCUUCCUCUUCGGCCAUCGUUCCCCCUGAGGCCGUGAAUUUCAAAGUCUCUGCAAAAUCACAGCUUGCGGACUCAAUGUGGGCUACGGCCGAGGCCAAAGGUCAGUCUGAAAACGUCAAGGAAUCCGUUCAGGCAAGUCCAACUCUCUUCCUCCUUCCCCCGAAGGCGAAGGUGAUUGGGCCGCAGCCAUUCAACCUCUAUGAGCGACAACAGAAGCUGCAGGGACUGGCCCUCAGGGAUCAGAAUGUGUCCAAUCCCGCCAACAAUGCGAAGCCCCGGCCUCCCCAGUCGGCUGUAGCGCCAAAGCUGAAGCAGGUAGAGCUUGCGCCCGCUCCCGCUCCCACACCUGCACCAUGUGGUGUGCGAAUUCUUGGUCCGGCACCUUACCAGCCCAAUAAAAAAUGA